AAAUAACUGGACAUUUUAUUUUGGGGUAAAAUAAUUAGGCACUCUAAAUAGAAAAAAAAAAAAGAAAAAAGUCUGCUCCUGUUGUAGUGCCAACCCCCCUAUUAAGGCCCUGUUUGUUUUUCCCUUGACUGGUCUUCACAGUAAGGUCUCCCUGUAAUAGUUUGUCACUAGGAUUGCUAAUAUUGGAAGCGCCCUACAUCCAGGCUGAAAACAAGUCUUGGGAAUGCCAUUGAGAGUUCAGCACUUUACUUUGGCACAGAGUUGUAGCUGGAAGGCAGAAGUUGUUAACACUCAUGCAUUUGCAAUGAGCCCAGCCUCAGAGCUGCUCAACAGUAAUCCAUGUUGUGCUGGUUGAUAUUACGACUGCUGUUGGCAUUGUGUGUUUCCUUACAGGAGAAUGGAGGCCCUGGGUCCCCAGACUAAGAAGGCCCCGAAGAAUUUAGUGGAGUGGCGGAAGAGGGUGAAGUCUGAGUACAUGCGCCUUCAACAGCUCAAACGCUUCAGGAAAACAGAGAAAAUAAAAUCACAGUUCUUGGCUAAUCGCAACCAGAUCAAGGAGAAGACAGAGCUGUUGAAUGAAGAGUGGAAGAAAAUAAGGAUUCAGCCCAUCCCUGCCACCCCCUCCAUAGGCCAGCUCGGUACCAAAAAGUGCGUAGUGGAAUACGGCUUUCCUGAGUUCAAGAGCCAAAGCAUCGUGAUGAGGACCUUAAAAACAGUGGCAGGGAUCCCUUUUAUGCAUUCCUGGUCUCCCUUGCAGCAGAACUUCAUGGUGGAAGACGAAACCUUCCUGCACAAUAUUCCAUACAUGGGUGAUGAGGUUUUAGAACAAGAUGAGGCCUUUCUUGAAGAGCUUAUUGAUAACUACGAUGGCGUGCAUGGGGACAGAGAGGGCAGGUUCAUUAACGAUGAGAUCUUUGUGGAGCUGGUGGACGCACUCAGCAAGUACGUGGACGAGGAAGGGGAGGAGAAAGAAGACGGAGAAGAGGGGGGUGAAGAGGAUGUGGAGGAGGAAGAGGAGGGAGAGACAGAGGCUGUGAAGCAGGAGCCUCAAUCUGAGGAGACGUCCGUCACUGGCGGGAAGAGGAAGGCUGUCACAGAGGGAAGUGAACAGCCAACACUCAAGAGAAUCCCACAUGGCAAGAUCUUCAGAGCCAUUGCCUCUAUGUUUCCAGACAAAGGCACCACUGAAGAGCUAAAGAAAAAGUACAAGGAGCUGACAGACCCUCCCAGUCCCAUCAAGCUGCCGCCCCAGUGCACCCCCAACAUGGACGGGCCAGGAGCCGAGUCAGUGCAGAGGGAGCAGUCCCUGCACUCCUUCCACAGCCUCUUCUGCAGACGAUGCUUCAAAUACGACUGCUUCCUCCACCCAUUCCAUUCCACUCCAAAUGUGUACAAAAGGAAAAUCAAAGAGAUUCGUAUUGAGACAGAACCAUGUGGGUUGGACUGCUUUAUGCUGCUGGAAUCUGCGGACAUUGCUUUAAAUUGUUACCUCGUAUAUGUUAUUUUGAAGAAAGGAGCCAAGGAGUUUGCGGAUCAGAACAUGGUGAAAUCUCAGCGGUCACGCCGGCGACGCAGACGGCACAGGCAGCCCAGCUCCAGCUGUCCUAGCUCGUCCACUUCCAUCCCUGGAGAUAGCAAAGAAGGAGACAGCGACCGUGAAACCACCAGCUCCUCGGAGGGGAACUCUCGCUGCCAGACUCCGAUCAAGCUGAAACAGAGUUCUGAGCAGCCGGUCAGCGUUGAGGCAGUCCAGUGGAACGGAGCUGAGGAGUCCCUCUUCAGGGUGCUGCACGGCACUUACUACAACAACUUCUGCUCCAUAGCCAGACUCAUCAGCACCAAAACCUGCAGACAGGUGUAUGAGUUUGCUGUGAAAGAGGCGCUUAUACUUCGAGUGCCUGUGGAAGACAGAGGGAUUAUAUCGCCACAGAAGAAGAAAAGAAAACACAGAUUGUGGGCGGCACACUGCAGAAAGAUUCAGCUCAAGAAAGAUAAUUCUUCCAAUCAGGUGUACAACUACCAACCAUGUGACCACCCGGAUCACCCAUGUGACAGCUCCUGUCCCUGUGUGAUGACGCAAAACUUCUGUGAAAAGUUUUGCCAGUGUAACCCUGAAUGUCAGAACCGCUUCCCUGGCUGUCGCUGUAAGACCCAAUGCAACACCAAGCAGUGCCCGUGCUACCUGGCAGUACGAGAGUGCGACCCUGACCUCUGCCAGACCUGUGGGGCAGCCGACCACUGGGAUAGCAAGAACGUGUCCUGCAAGAACUGCAGCAUCCAGCGCGGCCUCAAGAAGCACCUGUUGCUAGCGCCUUCCGAUGUUGCGGGAUGGGGCACCUUCAUCAAAGACCCGGUCCAAAAGAACGAGUUCAUCUCAGAGUACUGCGGAGAGCUGAUCUCCCAGGAUGAGGCUGAUCGGCGCGGGAGGAUCUACGACAAAUACCUGUCCAGCUUCCUGUUCAAUCUCAAUAACGACUUCGUUGUUGACGCAACUCGCAAAGGAAACAAAAUCCGUUUCGCGAAUCACUCCGUCAACCCGAACUGCUAUGCUAAAGUUGUGAUGGUGAAUGGAGACCAUCGGAUAGGGAUAUUUGCCAAAAGAGCCAUACAGAAGGGUGAAGAGCUGUUCUUUGACUACAGGCGGAAAAGUGGAGGUAUCUCAAACUCAGGCUUUGUUUAAAAGAAGUACUGGGGAAAGAAAUGCACCCGCCUGGCAGACUCUCUCUGUACAGUCAGGCAGAUGCCCUUAAAUACGUUGGGAUUGAGCGGGAGAUUGAUAACAUGUAAUCAGUUGUGUAAUGCUUUCUGUGCACUUAGCUCUUGAACUUUGUAAAUGAUGCUGUGUCCGGCAGUAAUAGGUGAGGUUGCUCAAGUUGGGUUCAACCAGAGUGACGGAAGUAGAUGAGAAUUUUUGAGGGGUUUUUUUUUUGGAACAGGGAGGCAGUCUGUAAUUUCCAAUUUCAUAUUGCCCACUUUACCAGGUCAGGUGUCUAGCAGUUUACACACGCUGCUUAAAUAAUGUUAAGAACCAAAUGGCAUUUUUUGAUGGAUCAAGACACAAAAUACAAUUUUAUGGUUUACGAAAUAUCUAACUGUUAGAUACUGGACAUCCCUUUUGGCUUACAAUACGUUUACUGACUCAUUUGAGUUUCUUAAAUGUAAUGUGUGGCUGAUUCCUAAUUCCUGUUAAAGGCCAAGGGUAUCGUCCUUAAGGUUUGCUUGUAAUUCACAAGCUUAUGAAGCAAACUGCCAUAAAACAAAGAAGAGUUUAUUAAACAGUCUUUCUGCCUGGACCCAGCUAUUCUAACCUAUAGCUGUACCCCCUAACUGACGAGCACUUACCUUCAUACUGCCAAAGGUUUGUGUACAUUUCUUUCAUGUGUGUCAGCUCACAUUGGGGUUGAUGUAGGACAGGAACCUCGGCAGUUCAGUUCGGACUGCUGUGUUUUUUCAUGGGGAUAAACUGUGUUACAUUGUCACUGCUUAUCUCAGUAGCAAUGCUAUUCGUGUUACACAGUAGAGCUUUUAACGGUACAAAAGUUACCCGUUUUCAUCUAGAGUGUGUUUGUGAAACUGCAAUAGAUUUCCUACAAGGAAGAGCAACCGUAUUUGAAAACCGACAAAAUGAAUGUGUGCUUUCUUUAAAGACUUGCGUAGGUGCAAGGAGGGCUGACAAGUGCAGCAAUAAGAGCGCUUUAUCAACGCAUAGUGCCAUAGCAAACUGUAUAUUACAAGCUGUCUAGUUCUGUUGGUCACAUUAAGGGAUGAUCGCUGAAGCUCCAUUUAGCCACUAAUCAGGUAUUGACAUUUGCCAACUAAAUAUACGCUCAAGCUGUAGAAGCAAGUUCGUAGUUGGGGUUGCAGCCAUGUCACAAAUCAGAUUCCAUGGUCUUAGCCUUCAGUAGGCAGUAGUCUCAAGAUCACUGUAGGCAGUCUCACAAAGAAAGGCGUGGAUAAUGCCUGGCUUCCUCUGCCCACAAUAGGGUGGUCCUUCCAGUCCAGUGGUGCUCCACUCCGGCCUUCGAGACCUAUACCAGUCCUGGUCUUUAUUCCAACCAGGUCUUAUAUUUGUGAACUAACUACAUUAGAACCUGCUUGGAGUAAAAACCUGGACUGGAUUAGAUCUCGAGGGCCAGAGCAGAGUACCACUCUUCCAUUCCAUAGCAGGCUUAAAGCGAUUGUAGCAAACAAAAUAAUUCCCUAACUCAGUUGUGCGCCUCCAUUCAGAAUAUAGGUUUGUGCAGUUUAUAAGAACACAGUAUUAUAGUAAACGUGUAUUUUUAUUUUAAUCUUUCUGUGCAUGAUGAUCUCACCUGAGGAUGGACACAAAAAACUAUUUUUUUGUCUUUAUGUGGAAAUGCAGAUGCAUGAUAACCGCAUAUGAGACUGCCUUUUACUCCCUCAUAUAAAGUAAUGGAAAGAAUA